CGACACUAGCAACGAUGAAAUCGAGGUAACAUAGCUGCGUCUCGAACACAGAUUCUCAAAGUAGGAAGAUAAAUUUUCACUGGCACAAGGAACAAUUGAUAUUUGCAGCCAACAAACAUAGCUCAACGAAAUAGCAGGUUUUGUUAAUUACUAAGUCAAUAGAUGAAAGUACUUUUCGUUCCAUAGUUGAAAAUUUGCUCGUUUGAAGAGAAAACGUUAACAAGAAAAAGACAUUUUUUAUUUGACUAGGCCCUCAUUACUGAAGCAAAAGGCCUUGAAGAACGCACCCUGGUAGGGUCCAUGCUUAUUGUCAAAGAAGCACGGAGACUACGAGUGUUUAAUAUAAGAAACACGCAAAUCCAUGGGUAAACGAAUGGUUGAUCCAGGCUGAGCGUUAUCGUUAUUAUGGAAUUUGGUACUUUGACCGUAGUUUUUGCUAUCGCAAAUCAAUGAUAUUCGAUAAUUAUGAGCAAUUUUGAGUUCACCAUUUCCCGCUACAUUUUACAUGUACUGAUGGACACUUGUUUGCUUUGAAUGGCAAAAGAGACAUUUUCCAUAUUUGUAGAAUGAAUUCUAAACAGGACAGGCCUGUCAGCACACUUUCAACUGCUUCAAGCAGGUCAUGGAAGGGUUUUUUUAAAAGACGAAGGGUGACCCCGUCGUCAUCUUCAGAGUAUUGGUGUAAGUCAUUAUCAGUCCCUGUUGAUGAAGGGAGAAUCGUUAGGGUCUUGCAAACAUCUCCAGAUCAAUCAGAUCUGAAAAGUGCAAGUACCCCUUUGCUGUCUGCAUUUGAGGACAAGACUGUUUUCUUUUUUCAUGGUGUUGGUGGGUCUGCUGAAAUUUGGCAAAAGCAAAUGACUUUCUUCCAUAUAAGAGGAUACAGGACAGUUGCACCAGAUUUGUUAGGACAUGGAGAAAGCUCAAAACCACAUCGUUCUUCUGCCUAUAGCUUUAACAAUCUUGGAAGAGAUAUGCUCAAAAUCUAUGACAUUUUUCAAGGAAAACGUAACAUUCUAGUUGGACAUUCUUAUGGUGCGUCAUUUGCAACUCUGAUUGCUACCGAAAGAACCAGCUCUGUUGCAAAGGUCAUUCUUAUUAGUGGUGGUCCACCAACAUCAUUAAAACCAGAAAGAUUUUCAGUAUUCUGCUUACCACUUCCAAUCUUCAGCCCAAUUAAACCAAUGGUGGUGAAGCGAUUCAGAUCAAUGGCCUUUCAUUCACCAAUCAAGGAGAAAACCAUGUCAUUCACACUACCAGCAUAUAUUCUGAAGUCUGUCAUGCAGGGACAGCAUUGGCCAGAAGGCAAUGAAGAAUAUCAUGGUGAUCUGUUAGUUCCUGUUUUGUUGAUUUAUGGCAGAAGUGACAAAUUUGUUACACUGGAGGAAGAGCUAUGGACUGAAGAGGUGAUUUACGGUUCUAAUUUGGAGAUAGUUGAAGAUGCUGGCCAUAUGGUUAUGAUUGAGAAGCCAGAUGUGGUUAACCAAAUGAUCCUGAAAUUCUUGAACCGGGACGCAACAACAAGGUCAAUGGUUGAUCUUUCCCAAGCCUCAGCUACUGGCCUUGUCAAAGAUUUCCCAGGAGUAGACAGUCCAGAGAAAGACACAGAUUCCCAUGUAAUCAAUCAUUUCAUUAACAAAGACCUGCUUCACAAUGAAGUAUCAGGGGCUUCUAGACCACCAAGUCGAGCUGCAUCAAGGCUUUCCCGACACGGCUCUGAAAAAAAGACCAAAAUCGGUCUAUGAUGAAUUCCUUGGUUAUGGGCUUUGCAAAGUAGGAAGUAAUAUCAUUUUGUAAUUGUGAUAAGUAAGUGCUUCAGUGUAGAGAGCAAAUGACUGGGAAGCUUGACCACAUAUAAAAUUUGAUUUCUUCAAGUUUUGCAGGAAGGGCCUAAUGCCCUGUAUUUAUAAAAGAGCCUAAUGGGUAAUCACCAUGUUGCUCCUCAAACUUCUUAAUAUGUUAUUUAUACAUUUUGAGGGGUACAAGCCCUUAGAUAAUUGCCUGUGGCAUACUUUAACUCUUUAUUUCUUAAAAACAAGAGUAUUUCAAAUUACCUUUAUCAAAUAGCUCUAUGAUACAUUUAAAACCUAAUCUAUAUCUUGACUUUGUUGUCAAACAUUCUGCAUUAAAAAAAAAGUGGACACAACCUAGGCUUCAAAUUCAACAAUUAAAUAUAAUCUUGUGAGCUUUUAAUUAAGACUGAGAUAUAAGAUUUUUCCCUUAAUGUCUGGCUUGAGGAAAGAAAGCCCAAAGCUUCUGUGAGUUUUUUUUAGAUUUUUUAUGUUUUGCAAAGAAACAUUCAGUAUGACCAUGAAUGAUAGAACAUCUAUUGAUGCUUUGAAAGAAGAAGUAAUCCAAAGAUUGAUAGAAGUUUCUAUUAAAUUCUUUCUUUGUCAAGGUUGGUUGGAAAUAGGUAAUUGAGAUGUAACUCAAAUCAUUGGAUGUAAAAUAAUUGUUUCCUUUGUAGGUUUGUAAUGUAAUGUUAGUUUUUGUAAUGUGAUAAAAAUUUUGUAUGAACUUUUAAGUAGAAAACAAUGAAAGAAACGGUUAGAAGCAACAAAAAAAACUUUUUGUUGCCAGUUAAAAUCUCGGUGGAAUCUCAAACUGCCAAAGAAGGGAAAUAUAGGAUAAAAGGGAUCUCUAGAUGUCUUCCCCACUUGCCCAUAUUAACAUACUUCACCCUUCAUUGAGAAGUUCCAUUUUGAUUUUCACAAUCCGGAUAAUUUAUCUUUACUUAAAUCAGAGGACCAGAGGAUUGCAAGAGCGGUUUAGAAUUUAAAUGUUUUUAGUAAGCAGAUUGAUAAAGUUGAAACUUCUUUGUAGAUAAAUAGCAAGUGACGUGUUUACGACAUCAGUCCACUUUUAUGUUUGUUGCUUUAAAGGAAAACAAAAGAUUUUCCAGUAGAAAAUUAUAUAUUUAUUAAGAAUAGAAUUUAUUUAUGAUAAUUAGAGAAUAGUUUUGGUGGGAAAUUAAUUUUUGUUUCUGGUUUGAUUUGUUAUUCAGUUUAUUCUGAUCUAAUGUAGAUACGA